AUGUAUAUUUUGCAGUUCAUAACCCUUGUAUCAUUAAUAGUAUACGUCGAGUCUGCCACUAGACAGUUGAAUUUGUUCACCAAAGUUAAGGGUGAUUUUCCACUUAAGGAAAAAUUUGACAACAAGCCUAUUUUCUUCCAAACCGAUCCACUGGGGCAUUACUAUCUUGAAGUGGCAACUGACAACUCGGGUCUUGCAAAACGAGAAGUGUUUAGUGUCUAUAUAUACGACGAAGAAGAGCAAGCCAUUUACAAACAAAUUACCGAUAACUUGAGGGCAAAUUUAACUGCUGAGGAUGAAGUUUUACAAAUGACAUUUCUCAAGCCAUUGGUUACCCGAUUGGUUGAAUUGAAGAGUGACUUGUUGGAUAAGCUAUUGUCCUUUAAGGAAAUUGCUGGAUUAUUCAUUACAGAAAAUGUACCCUUACCUCUGGGUCAACAGUCUGCUUAUGUCGUUACAGCCACUGGAUAUAAGAAAAUUGGGGAUCAAAAAAUUCCAAUUGAUAUUGUUGCAAGAGAAGUAAGAUGA